UAGGGCGGGACCUGGGCGCGACAGCGCGGCCGGCGGACCCUGGCUGGCUUGGGAAACGAAACUGAGGGAGCAGCCGGAGGCUCUGGCAGCAGCAGGGCCAGACCCGGUGGUGGCGGCGGCGGCGGCUCUGGCAGUGGUGGUCUGACCCCCUCUCUCCGUUCCCUUGCAGCUUGCCCUCUCCCCUCAGUUAACAAUGAAGAGGAGAAAUGAUCCAGAAUGCACUGCCCCUAUCAAGAAACAGAAGAAGAGAGUUGCAGAGCUUGCCCUGAGCCUCAGCUCUACGUCUGAUGAUGAACCUCCCUCCACUGUCAAUCAUGCAGCAAAAGUAUCUACCACAAGCCUAAGUGGGUCUGACAGCGAAACUGAGGGGAAGCAACGCAGCUCUGACUCUUUCGACGAUGUAUUCAAAGCAAACUCCCUUGUGGAGGGAACGUCCUCGCGCUAUUCCAUGUAUAAUAGCGUCUCCCAGAAGCUUAUGGCCAAGAUGGGCUUCAGGGAAGGCGAAGGAUUGGGUAAAUACAGCCAGGGUCGGAAGGACAUUGUUGAGGCCUCUAGUCAGAAAGGUCGAAGAGGCUUGGGUCUGACGUUGCAAGGCUUUGACCAGGAGUUGAACGUGGACUGGCGAGAUGAGCCAGAGCCCAGUGCCUGUGAGCAGGUGUCAUGGUUCCCAGAAUGCACCACUGAAAUUCCUGACACUCAGGAAAUGAGCGAUUGGAUGGUUGUGGGAAAGAGAAAGAUGAUUAUUGAAGAUGAAACAGAGUUUUGUGGGGAAGACCUGCUUCACAGUAUGCUGCAGUGUAAGAGUGUGUUUGAUGUCUUGGAUGGGGAGGAGAUGCGGCGAGCUCGGACCCGGGCCAAUCCCUACGAGAUGAUCCGAGGAGUCUUCUUCCUAAAUAGGGCAGCAAUGAAGAUGGCUAACAUGGAUUUUGUGUUUGAUCGCAUUUUUACAAAUCCGCGGGACUCAUGUGGGAAACCACUGGUAAAGGAUCGGGAAGCUGAGCUUCUGUACUUUGCUGACGUCUGUGCAGGCCCAGGUGGCUUCUCCGAGUAUGUGCUGUGGAGGAAGAAGUGGCACGCAAAGGGCUUUGGAAUGACUCUGAAGGGCCCUAAUGACUUUAAGCUAGAGGACUUCUACUCAGCCUCCAGUGAACUCUUCGAACCUUACUAUGGUGAGGGUGGGAUUGAUGGAGAUGGAGACAUCACCCGCCCAGAGAACAUCACUGCUUUUCGGAAUUUUGUCCUGGAUAACACAGAUCGCAAGGGUGUCCACUUUCUGAUGGCUGAUGGGGGUUUCUCCGUGGAGGGGCAGGAGAACCUGCAAGAGAUCCUCAGCAAACAGCUGCUGCUCUGUCAGUUCCUCAUGGCGCUGUCUGUUGUCCGGACAGGAGGCCACUUCAUCUGUAAAACCUUUGACCUGUUCACACCGUUCAGCGUGGGGCUCAUCUACCUGUUAUACUGCUGCUUUGAACGAGUAUGUCUCUUUAAGCCGAUUACCAGCCGACCUGCCAACUCAGAGAGGUAUGUGGUGUGCAAGGGCCUGAAGGUGGGCAUAGAUGACGUGCGAGAUUACCUCUUCUCCGUCAAUAUUAAACUCAACCAGCUACGGAACAUGGAUUCUGAUGUCAACCUUGUGGUCCCCUUGGAUGUGAUCAAGGGAGACCAUGAAUUUACCGACUACAUGAUACGGUCCAAUGAGAGCCACUGUAGUCUGCAGAUCAAAGCUCUGGCCAAAAUCCAUGCCUUUGUUCAAGACACGACCCUGAGUGAGCCUCGGCAGGCAGAGAUCCGGAAAGACCUCCGUCUUUGGGGGAUCCCAGAUCAGGCUCGAGUUGCUCCUUCUUCCUCAGACCCAAAAUCUAAGUUCUUUGAGCUAAUCCAGGGCACUGAGAUUGACAUCUUCAGCUAUAAGCCCACACUGCUCACCUCCAAAACCCUGGAGAAGAUCCGCCCAGUGCUCGACUACCGCUGCAUGGUGUCUGGCAGUGAGCAGAAGUUUCUCAUUGGCCUGGGGAAAUCACAGAUCUACACGUGGGAUGGCCGCCAGUCAGACCGCUGGGUCAAGCUGGACCUGAAGACAGAGCUACCCCGAGACACUCUGCUAUCUGUGGAGAUUGUCCAUGAGCUGAAAGGGGAGGGAAAGGCCCAGCGGAAGAUUAGUGCGAUCCACAUCCUUGAUGUCCUCGUGCUGAAUGGCAGUGACGUGCGGGAGCAGCACUUUAACCAGCGAAUUCAGCUUGCUGAGAAAUUUGUGAAAGCUGUUUCCAAGCCUAGUCGGCCUGACAUGAAUCCCAUCAGGGUGAAGGAGGUGUACAGGCUGGAGGAGAUGGAGAAGAUUUUUGUCAGGUUAGAAAUGAAGAUCAUCAAGGGCUCCAGUGGCAUACCGAAGCUCAGCUACACAGGACGGGACGACCGGCACUUUGUGCCCACUGGCCUCUACAUCGUCAGGACAGUGAAUGAGCCAUGGACUAUGGGAUUCAGCAAAAGCUUCAAGAGGAAGUUCUUCUACAACAAGAAAACCAAGCUCUCUACCUUUGACCUCCCUGCAGACUCCAUUGCCCCAUUUCACAUCUGCUACUAUGGCCGUCUCUUCUGGGAGUGGGGGGAUGGCAUCCGUGUACAUGACUCCCAGAAGCCCCAAGACCCGGACAAGCUGUCCAAGGAGGAUGUCCUGUCCUUCAUCCAGACACACAGCGCCUGAGGGUCUGAGAACA